AGAGCCACCCCCGCCUCACCCUUGAGCCCCACUCUCAGCUGGAGGAGCAUCUCUAACUGUCCCCAAGCCCACCAAGGCUCUGGGCAUCUUCGCAGCCCUGGGCUUCAGAUUGCCCCUCUUUGGAACAGUGGGAGAGUCGGGAGACAAGCCUGGUGAGGCUCCGGGACAGGGGACAGGAUUUGAGGGCCAUGGCCGAGUACGGGACCCUCCUGCAGGACCUGACCAACAACAUCACCCUGGAGGAUCUGGAGCAGCUCAAGUCGGCCUGCAAGGAGGACAUCCCAAGCGAAAAGAGUGAGGAGAUCACCACCGGCAGCGCCUGGUUCAGCUUCCUGGAGAGCCACAACAAGCUGGACAAAGACAACCUCUCCUACAUCGAACACAUCUUCGAGAUCUCCCGUCGCCCUGACCUCCUCACCAUGGUGGUGGACUACAGAACCCGUGUUCUGAAGAUCUCGGAGGAAGAUGAGCUGGACACCAAGCUCACCCGCAUUCCCAGUGCCAAGAAAUACAAAGACAUUAUCCGGCAGCCCUCUGAGGAAGAGAUCAUCAAAUUGGCUCCUCCACCGAAGAAAGCCUGAGCGCGGGAAAGGAAGAGAAGGUUGGACCUUCAUCGGACCGCACCCUUCCCCAUCCUCCAUGGGAGGGGUCAAGGGAACCCCCCCACCUACCCAUUUACUAACCUGGUCCUAACCCCUUACUGUGCGCGUGUGUGCGUGUGCGCACGCUCUGGCUGUUUGUCUAUGUCUAGCUCAUCUAGUUCCUCCUCGCGAGGGGAUGGGGGUCAGGGGCUGGGGGUGGCCUAGUUUUCCCACUCUGGGGGAAGUGGGGGGCACGCUCCUCCGAUUCCCCUUUCCUCCACUCUUCCUCCCCCCACACAUACACCUCUGAAGUGUGGGAGCAGAAAAGGACCUGGAUUUCCCUCGGUGGAAGUACCCAGGUGGGGUGAGGAUGGAGAGGAGGUGCAUCUAAUGAAAAGCCACAAGGGGAAGUGGAGAGGCUACCCCACCCCCACCCCAGGGACAGAAAAGCCAGGGCUCAGUGUGUGCCCCAUGCUGGAUGGGCUGAGGAGUUGGCUUUUAGCUCUUCCUCAGGUUGGAGUUCCUCUUGUGCCCCUUGCAUGGGCCUGUAAUGGUGUGAACCAGGGAUCCAAGAGGAUACUGGGAUCCUUUCCUGGCCCUGAAGUUCUAGCCCCACAAGCACCCAGCAUAAGCGAGCAUCGUCCUGUGGGGCAUGCCCCACUGGGCCUGAGGUGGGCUGAGGGUGUGUCCUGUGGUUCUCCUUAUUCCUGCUCAGACUGUUGCCCGUGCUGACCCUGAAUCUAGGGAGUCUGGGGAGGAGAUGCUUGGGUUUUAACUGCAGUCCUGCCCCUACCUACAGGGUCCCAACAUGGGCACUGCACGUACCUUCCUUCCCCUUGGUCUAGAACACACAAAGCAAGAAAGAAGGGAAGAAGUGAACUAGUGUUUUCCUUUGCACUGAUCCCCAGUUCAUCCCAGGAGGGGACUCAGUAACCCCUUCCCCUCAAUACCCUGGCGCCUUGGGCUUGUGAACGCCUCCUAGCCAAAUCAGUGACCCUAGCCUCCUGCCUGUCCCAAGACGCCCUUCCCCACCUUGACCGUGCUAACUGUGUGUACAUAUAUAUUCUACAUAUAUGUAUAUUAAACCCGCACUGCCAUGUCUGCCCUUUCUGUGGUGUCUCGCAUUAACUGUCUAGGCCAGAAAUGGGGUGGGAAGGGAGGCCACAGUUAUAAGGGACCGGCACAAAUUGCCGUGUAAAGAUAAAGCAUUUUUAAACUCAAGUUGACAUGCGAUCUGAGACUAAAGGAAGCUUUAAGUUAGGAGCUCUUUAGGUAGGAUGUGGGAUGCUUUUAGGAACAAGGGCUGGAGGGGGGGGGGGGCUGGCUGUUUGGAGAGGGAAGCAACCAGACAGGACACUCCACUCCCAGCCAGCCCAUACCCUCUGGCCACUGCGGACACCUGCCUUAACACACACCUUGAGCCCUCCAGCUUUGCCUUAAAGGACCUUUGCAGCCCUGCCUGGUUUCUCCCCCAGAGAGAGGGGUCCUUAUAGAAUCAGGAGGGUGUAAAAGAGCUAAAUUGUCAUUAGGAUCAGACUAUGCUUUGUUGGGGGUCGGGGGUGCAGGAGAGAGGAAUAGGAAAGAGGAGGAGAAGGGAGUCAGGAUCAUUAUUUUAGCAGUCUAGAAAUUUCUUCGUAAGGCAGAAUCUCAACACUAACCCAUCACCCCAUACUGUCGUAAGAUGCCCCUUUCCUGUGCUCCUGUCUGCAGUGUGCACGGCCUUGUUCUAACCCUGGAAUAAAGGUGACUGAUUAUA